AUGUCUCGCACAAUCUCGGUACUUCUACUCUGUGCCCUUACCACGUCCACUGUAAUAGCACAGUACGGCGAGUCCGAGAAUCCACCACCGGAUGAAAAUCCUUGCAAUCUCGUCGACUGCAUACCUAAUACUCGUUGCAUAGUCGAGAAUGGAGUGGCAAAAUGCCUCGAACUUGGCGAAUUCUUAGGGAAUGACCUCCGGAAGCCGAAUCCUGACUGUUCUGUUUUGCUUUGUAGUCCACCAAGCACUUGUAUCUAUCGACCGAAGGAUCCGUCAUGCGCUGAUGUGUGUGAGCAACACAAGUGCCCCCAAAUAAUACGCCCUGUCCCUGCAAACGAAGAGAUUCAAGCCGAGUGUGGCCCGGGCAUCGACCCCGCUAUCAUUCGCAAUCGCCAACCGGAAAUCUGCACUGAGCAAUGCGUCCGAGGAUGUCAAUGUAAAUCGGGAUUCUAUCGUAACGAUGAAAAUGUCUGCGUUUCUAACUGCUCUGGAGGAGGUGGCUGUGGUGUGAACGAGGAGCGAAAAAACAGUGUGGCACAGCUUGCGAACCAACUUGCUCACAACCUAAUCCAACCACGGCUCUAUAUCCGCGAUUCGAAGAAUGUCUGUGUUCCAUGGCCCAGUUGCCCCACAGAUCCAGUCAGACCCUGCUCGGAGUUAAACUGCCCCAGGGGAACUCGCUGUGAAUUGGGCCGAGUGAUUUGUCCAUUUGUGCCGCCGUGCUUUACUCAACAAACUCGGUGUGUGCCUGCUGGGCCAGAUUCUUAUCGAACAUCACCACCAGGGCCAACAUUGCCGUUAUGUUCUCAGUUUAAUUGUGUUCGAGGCACCAGAUGCUUGGUUCGUUGCCAGCCAGAUGAUGACGACUCCACUGAGUUGACAACACCCAGUUUCAAAGUUCCGAAUCUGAUAACCUGCGCGAACAUCAGAUGCCGUGACGGUUUUGAGUGUCGCCAGGAGACGAUCAACUGCGUUCGUGCUCCCUGUCCUCAGCCCAGACCGCGAGAUUGUUUCCGAACGGAAACUCCAUCGCUCACGUGCGACAACGUCAGGUGCCCUGCAGGCACUGAAUGUCAGCAAGUGCCACUCAACUGUCUCCUACCUCCGUGUCCACAACCACCUCCACAAGCCUACGAUCCAUGUGCUGCCACCAGUUGUCCGGUUGGGUCCGAAUGUCGAGUAAGACAAGUUGUGUGCGUCAGAGCGCCAUGUACCCCAGUAGCAGAAUGUGUUCCACAAUCACAAGACAAGCGAUGUGGACAGUUUGAAAGCUACAGAAGCUGCGCAAGCAAUUGUGAACCCAGCUGCGCCGACAGAAAU